CCCGAGGGGUGGCGGGGUGGCUUUUGUGGCUUUUGCUCCGUUCCCGCUGCAGCCCGGCCCUGUUCCCACGCGGGGCUGCCCUCGAGGCGUUCCGCCCCGCCCCUUCAUGCAUAUUCAUGUGGCUAAUAUGCAUAUGCAUGCGCGCUCUCGCCGUGCCGGAGCGGGAGCGGCGGGCGCGCUCCGGGCUCGCCAUGGGCAGCGCGGCCGCGCCGCUGCGGGUGCUGCUGGACAUGGACGGGGUCCUGGCCGACUUCGAGGGCGCCGUGCUGCGGGAAUUCCGCGCCCGCUUCCCGGCGGAGCCGCGCGUGGAGCUGGAGCAGCGCCGCGGCUUCUCGGUGCGGGAGCAGUACCGCAGCCUGCGGGAGGACCUGGCGCUGGACCUCUCCCAGAACCCAAAGGACAAGGUAGCCAGUGUCUAUGAGUCGCCUGGCUUCUUCCUAAGCUUGGAUCCAAUUCCAGGAGCCCUGGAAGCUGUGCAGGAGAUGUUCCACAUGCAGGAUACUGAGGUCUUCAUUUGCACGAGCCCUCUCCGGAAUUACGAGCACUGCGUCGUGGAAAAGUAUAAGUGGGUAGAGAAACACUUGGGACCCGAGUUUGUGGAGCGGAUUAUUCUGACCCGAGACAAGACCGUGGUGGCUGCUGACCUGCUGUUUGACGACAAGGACACCAUCCAAGGCGCGGAGCCGAGGCCGAGCUGGGAGCACAUCCUGUUCACCUGCUGCCACAACCGGCACCUCCAGCUGCCGGCCCCGCGCCGGCGCCUGCGCUCCUGGGCCGACGACUGGAAGGGCAUCCUGGAAAGCAAGCGCAGGCAGUAGUCCAGGGAGGGGAUGCUGUGCUCUUCCCACUGCCAGGAAACAACUGGCCCAUCCCCUGCCAUGCCCAGGAGGCACUGUCACCGCAGGGAUCAGCCAGAGAAGAAAUGAGCUGCUCCUGUCAGACACAGUGCUCUGGGUUUCUGGAAGACUGCUCUGCACUUUUAAUCUCUGUAGUGUUUUGGAUGUUUGCUGUUGGAGAAGAGAAACUAUAAACUACAAGCAGCUGUGGUUGGAUUUUUGUGUGUGCUUAACCUCACUCCUGUUUGGUUUGUGCUGUCUGGGGGCAGAGGGGAGAGAA